AUGGAUAUGUACGCCAGGGCUCAGGGCAAUCGAAUGAAACCAAGAAUAUCAGUGAAAAAGAGUUUUGGUGAAGGUGUACUGCACUCUAUGAAGUCACUGCUACACAGCAGAAAAGAGUUAUGCAAUGUAUCAGCGGAGGAAUGUCUAAAUCGGGAAGAACAAGAUAGUUUUAUUGAGAUUACAUUUAUAGGUUUUGCUGAAGAGAUGGGUACUGCUCAUUUGCAGGAGUUGGCAGCUGUUUCUGUAGAGCUUCCAGAUGUUCUGAAAUCGUUCCAGUUGUGCAAACUAAAAGAAAACGAGGUUAUAUUUCUAAAAGAUGUAAAGAAAACCUUGGCAAAACCUUAUGUCAUGAAACAUCAGAAUCAACUUCCUGAAGUGUUUUGUGUGAUGAGACUGUCUCCUUCAUUCCCAAGGAUCAAAGUUGAUUAUAUAUUUACCUUGCUGAGCAAGUAUACCACAGGCAUAAGAUAUGCAGUGGAAAUAAACUCAUCGCAAAAACGUCAAACAGAGACAUCCCAUGGAGAAGAUGAUGACACUAAUCAGUCAGUUUCUUCAAUUGAGGAUGAUUUUGUCACUGCUUUCGAACACUUAGAUGAAGAUGAGCCUUCAAAGAUACAAAGUGCUGGUGCAUGCAGCUUUACUUCUCGAAACCAUCGAGAUGCUGCUUCACAGACCAUCCCUGCUCAAUGUUCAGAAGCUGUUGACUCAAAGAUCCUUGUGGGUUCUGCACGUCGAAAGUCAUCUGCCAGAUCUUCUACUCUGAUUGAUAUUUUGGGACUUAAGGAACUGUCCUCAGUAAAAAAUUCAGUUACAACCUCAAUUUCUGAUCCUUGGAUACAAAGGAGUUUCUAUAAGCCAUAUAAUCCUUCUGAUCAAGGUGUUAAUUUUUUAUGUAAAACAUUGUUUUCUUCCUCUCCAGCUGAAUCCUCUGAGUCAGAUUGCUCCAGCCCAAGCCCCAUCAUCUUCUUAGAUGAAGAAGGGUAUCAAAAAAGCUUGAAGGCAAAACUUCAGUUGCCAAAAAUUCCAGUAGUGAAAGAUGGUAUAGAGGAUUCAGACUCAGAAGUAAGUGAAUUUUUUGAUAGUUUUGAUCAGUUCGAUGAGCUGGAACAAGCCUUGGAAAACUCUUGUAAAGUUAUUAGGGAUCCCAUCCUAGGGAAUCCCUCCCAGAAAAGGAGGACUGCACAUGAACAAUUGCCUUCUGCAAGCAUUACAAUGAAUCCUCAGAAAUUCAAGUUUGAUCGUCCCACUCUCCCAGCCAAUGUAAAGAAACCAACUCCUCGUAAACCAGAAUCACCAUAUAGCAGCAUCUUUGAUGUCCCGGAUUCCCCUCGCCCAGUUAAAACAUCAGGGGAAGAGAAUGGAGGCUUGUUCAGCCCUAUUAGAUCAUCGGCUUUCAGUCCACUAGGGAGCUGUGGUUCUUCUGAAUGUUUAUGUCGAAUUAAUCUUGGUGGAGAUGGGACAGGUCAAAAUCACCAUGAUGCAGUUCGUAAUAGUUAUUCAGCAUAUGCUGAUAGUGUUUCAUUUGAAAUACUGGGUUCUGUUUUUCAUUCUGAGUCCUCAUCAGAACAAGUAUGUGCAGGAAAUGAUUCGAAACACAAAAGGAUUGCUUUGAAAGUGAAAAAACGUCAAGCUGCAGAUCUCAAAAUGAAAACUAGUAAGGAGCCAGAUAAACAAGCAAAAUCUAAACAUAAGUCAUUAAUGAUUAGAGAUAGCAUUCAAAAAUUUGCAGCUGAAUUAGUUGAAAAAAGUUUUGGCAGUGCAUUUAAAGACCUACAAAAAGGCGUUUCUUCAUGCACCAAUGCACUUUGUCAUUUGGCUGCUAGGUUGACUUCUUCGGUCUUUCAAAUGGCCUUUUAUGAGAUUGGAAGACGUAGAGCAAUCUCCCUGAAGGAGCGUGCCAUUAAUGGGAUAGCAAACUUUUUGGUGAGCGAAGCUAUAACUGGUGCUUUGAAAGAACUGCGGCACGUAAAGAAACAAAUAUUUACCAACACCGUUGCACGGUUUGCGGCAGACCUUGCUGAAGAGCUUGUGUUUGAAGGAAUCAUGGAAGUAUGCCAGUUUUCAUAUCCAUCGACACCUACAGCUGCACAGCCUUCGUCAUUUGAUUAUGAAGACAAAGUGGUAAGAUCCUAUGCCAGAGAUUUGUCUGAAUCUGUCAUUCAGGAGGCUUUUAUUGAACUAUCUCAAGUUGAUGUGACCUUCACAACACAAGCAGCCAUUAGUGUUUCCAUGGACAACAUUAAAUAUGUCAGCGCAGAAAGUAUGUUAGAGUCAACACGGACUUCCACAGUUUUUCCUGAUUUUAAUGAUAGGGUAGCACUGAAGCCAAUCCAAGAUUCCAAGAAGGAAUAUACAGUACAGCAAGCUCUGUUUUGCACCUCUGGUGUUGUAAGUUCAAUACCUGUGCCCCUAGCUGGAAGAGCUCUUUGUCAACAUCAGGUUUCCUCUGAUGCUUAUAAAGCAAAAGUAUCCACUGCUCCGAAUUCUGAUGACAAUGUGAAAGUAUACAAAGACGUCGCCCAUCCAUUUUUCACAAGCAGAAGGAGAGAGGAGGAAGUCGCUUCUUUCAGAAAUGUAUACCUAACUUCAGAUCACAGUCAAAGUACUGAAAGUGCUCCAUCAAUCUUACAUAACCAAAAUGAUACCAAACAAACAAAUAACAGAUCUGGAAUGAACAAUAAUUCAGAAUUAACAAGUGGGUCAAAAGGCAUUAACACUUUCUCUGGAACCAUGGUAGAUAUGAUAGUAAAUGAAGCUUAUGAAGCCAUAACCUCAUCUAGAGUAACAAAAGCAGUAGAAGAGUAUACAGAUUUUUUAACAAGAAAAAUAAUAGAUAAAAAACCUUAUGUGCAAUGUAUUGGUGAAGAUUUCCCCAAGAAUAUGUUUGCAGAUCACUUGGCCAAGUAUGUCAUAAAACAAUCUGUGGAUGAAAGUAAAACUGUGUUAUGCAACACUAGUGAGAAUUUAGCACAUAAUGUGAGUUCACAGACUUAUGCAGAUACCAGUAGAAAAGAACAAAGUGUGAUAAAGAAGCAAGAGGCUGAGAAACAAAGUAAUGUUUCUGUAAUUGUGGAACAACAACAGAUGCCUUUGAAUAAUCCAUGUAAAUUUCUUCUUAGUCCAACUCAUUCUGUUCAGUGUUUUUCAGAAUCUAAAGAUCGUUGGCAGGAACAAAAAGGACACAGGUUUUCUUCAAAAUCACCACCUCCUUGUUCUGCUGUGACUUUUGCUAGGCAUGUUCUAGAGGACUUUACUGACACAGGAAGCUGCUCAAUAACAUACUUAAACAAGCCCUCAAAAAAGCAUGAUACUCAGAAACCAUCCUCAGGACCUUUGACUUACAGGCAGGCUGAUUGUUUUCUGCAUGCAAAUAGCUUUUCUUCAGUGAUGCUUGGCAGUGAAGAUGCUUUGCAUAUGGAAGAUAAAUCAAGUCUCAAAGAUGGAAAUACCUGUGUAAUGCCUGAUACACCCCCACCAACUCCUUUAGUACCAUGUCAAGGUAGUUCUGAAAGAAAUCUAAGAAAACUAUCUAAGAAACUCAAGGGAGAAUUGGCAAAGGAAUUCGCACCUGCAACACCACCUUCUACACCGUACAAUCCAUCCGUUACUGGUUUGUCUGAAACUGAACAUGACUCUUUGGAAAAUGAGGAAUUUAUGCGGAAACUCAUGCGGUCGCUUUCUGAAGAAGUGGAAAGUAGUGAAGAUGAAGAUCAUUCUGAAAUGCCCGUUGAAAAAGAGGAGUGUUCAGAAAAAACAAUUCAGUAUGCAGAUUGCUUAGCUAGCCAUAUAAUUUCAAUAGCUACUGAAAUGGCUGCUUCCCAUUUAGAUGGUAAAACAAAUGAAAGAGAAGCUGAUAGACGGGUUCAGUUAGAUAUGCAAAACAAAAGAUGUGGAUAUACUGCAUUUAUAAAUAUCCCAGAAGAGACGUGCAAUUCCUUAUGGAAUUAUGCAGGUGAUAUGGCAGGAAAAGUCAUCAAUGAGGCGAAGAAAAUAGUGAAAUCAAGGCACUGUAAACUGUUGAGGUUGAAGCGAGUUAACUGUCAGGUGGAUUGCAUUUAUCUGAGAAAAGGCGAUAAAGAUUAUAGUUCAAAAGAACGGUGCGGUCCAGUGCACGACCAGUGGCCCAGGGAGAGAGAUUCAUCUGUACUUCCUUUACCACAAGGUUCAGGCAUGACAGGUUUGACUUCCAAAUACCCAAGCUGUGAAAGUGUGACUGAUGAAUACGCAGAUCAUAUUAUUCGAGUUUUGAAAAGAGAAGGUGGUAAUGCUGAACUGUUAAUGGAUCAGUACGCUAGCAGACUUGCUUACAGGUCUAUCAAAUCAGGCUUACAGCAAGCUGCUAGAAAAACCAAGUUGAGAUACAACAGAAAGACAUUUCCUGGGCAAAACGCACAGGUAAAUGGUAAGCUGGAGCUGAUCAAAGCAGAUAAAGAUGCAGUACAGCAAGUGAAAAGCAGCAUUCAUCGCUGUGAAGAUCAAACAUAUGAAAGGAGUAUCGGCACACAGAGAACAGAAUGUACAGAGUUGUUACAUUUUUCAGAAUCCCUUGCUCGCAGUAUCACUUGCGAUGUCAGGAAGAAAAUGAAAAUGUCGGGAGCCUGUUUGCCAAAGUCUCUAACAGAUUCCUGUUUAUAUAAAAAGACUGAAUUUGAUGAAGUCACAGGGGAUCUUAUUAAAACAAGAUUUUCUAGGACAUUUCUUCCUUUCUCUCCAGAUCAUAAACUGUAUCAUAGUACAGGCAGUUUAAAUGAAAAUGGCUACAGUGAAGGCAUAAUUCAAGCUAUAGAACAAUAUGCUAGGAAAGUAGCAGAUGAUACUCUAGAAAUGAGUUUAGAGUCGGCUGUUCUCCAUGUGGCUGAAAACAGAAAAAAUGGGGAUAGGCUUUCAUAUACUGAGAAACUGUCUCCUUUUUCUGGAACUGUCUGUAGAUGCUGCAGUAUGAAGGAACAUCGGUACUGUACAGAAAGUACAUCUCGUCAUCUGCCCGUGCAAGAAUCCUCCAUGCCAGUGAGGCAUUUUCUUCAUUCUCGAUUGGGUGGUGCCUGUCAAAAAUCAAGAGUGUUUCAGCUUGAUAUUCCUAAAAUUCAUGUUGAUGUAGAACAGAAGACAGUGUUCUCUGACAAGGGGGCUACUGCGACAGUAGAGAAAGCAGGAGAGCUGAGUUACACAAGUCUGACAGCUGACAGUGGUAUUGGACAAGAUGGAGUCAGUUUUGCUGAAAGCCUUACUACUGAAAUAAUGACAUCAGCUAUGACUAAUAUUGGUCAGGCAGUUAACAUAAGCUCUGUUGGAAGAGAAGGAUUUCACUCUGUUGAAUCUAUUGUUAGCCAGCAGAUGAGUCUUAGUAUUGGUGAUGAUAGCACUGGGAGUUGGUCCAAUCUAAGUUUUGAAGAUGAACAUCCUGAUGAGAGCAGCAGUUUUCUUCACCUCAGUGACAGUUCAGCUGUGUUCUCUUCUUCUCCUGGCAGUAAUGGUAACAGCAGUAGCUGGAGCAGUCUUGGUUUAGAAGGGGAUAUGUAUGAGGAGAAUUUAUCCUUUCCAACAUCAGACAGUGAUGGAACAGAAGAUAAAGAUGAAGACUCCAAGGAUGCUGUAGAAGGUUUGGAGCAAAUACGAAAGACUUUAGCAAUAGUGAAUAUUGAUCUGGAACCAAAUCUAGUGGACCCCCAGCUCAGAGCAGCACUCCAGUGGCUGGCGGCUUCUGAAACAGAGGUGUCUGAUCUUCACUUUCAUGACAGUGCUACAAGGGAAUUUGUCUUUCUUUCCAGAAGACUGCGAGAAAGAGAUUGGAAAGUUGGAGAUCUCUUGCAAGCAGUGCUGAAAUACUGUGAAAUGAUAGAGAAGGCGUCUGAUGGAGAGCAAGCUCUAAAUAAGUCUUUGGUUGGUUGGCUUCUGGAAAAUGUCUGAAAAAUCCAAAGAUGCAACACUCUUCACUUCAUUCCUCUUUUGAAAGGAGAUAGAAAGAACACAUAUGUAAAGUAAAAUUCAACUAAUGAAUGUUCAAGUAAUUGUCAGCAUUUAAAAGACUUUGAGGUGAAAGUCAAAAUAGCUGUGCUGUGCUUUGUGAUACUGUGCACAUGGUAUGUUUAUUCAGUCCAUAAUCGGUAUUGUCCACCCACGUAUAACUUGUAUUUACUGCUGUGUUCAGACCAUUGAAAUAUUUAUGAAAAAAAUCCCUUGUCUAUGAUAGUAGCUCAGAGGAGACAGUCUCAGGCAUGAUAUUCAGGAUUCCUGCUGUGCCAGGAUAGCUCUUUUCCCACUUGUAUGUGUGCUGUAUUCACAGCGGGACUGAGAGCACUGAUGUUCUGCAAAAAUCUGUUCUGGAAUACCUUGCUGCAGACAAUGGAAAAAAUUGCCAACGUUGGCCCGGUGUUAUGUGCCCAAGGGCACCAUUGAGAAGGUAGGGAAGGCACAGGAAGAAAAUUGCGACCUGCCCAAGCAGCCCCUUAAUACAGUCUGGCUUCAUAGCCACCUUUAUCAAGUUUAACUUUAUGUGAAGAUGUGAGAGUCUACUCUGAAAUUGUUGAGGUGCAAAUACAUGUUCCCUUUUGUUUACUACUAUAGAGCUGGUAACUUGUGGUAGAAGGGCAGAGUGGGUAGCUGAGCAUAAUUCCAUACAUAAUUCUUCAGCAAGGUUUCCUGAAGCUUGCCAAUCAAGUUUAAAUUGCUAAAUUUCUUACUGAAGCUUUUUGUAUGCAGAUACUUCUAUGACAUUAAUUGUGUGUUGAAGAAUUUGUAUGUUAGUCUCUCACAUAGAAGUGUUAAAAGUAGCAGAUAGAAACUUCUGAGGAUUUUGGCCAUCUUUUUGACUAGUCUAAUUCUUUAUUUUUUAGCCUCUAUAUAUGAAUUUUCUUUUCAGUAAUAAAGAGAAUUUGGUUACUCAGUGAGCACUUAAGCGUUUAGCAAAGAAAGCUAAUUAAAACGUAAAGGGGAAAUUUCUUGAAAAUUGAUUUUUCAU